AUGGCCUCCGAACCUACCUUAACUUUUGGCGUAGAGCUAGAAUUUCUCAUCGCUACUAACAGUAGCCACGAAAAUAACAAAGAAACAUAUGAAACCAUGGCAAGUCUCUUCCUGGAAAACUUAGCAAACCCCUUACCAUGCGCCUGCAUUCAGGGGAAAUGGAGCAAAUACAAAGAUAGUUCAGUAGUAGGCUCCAAGGACAGUACUACGCUACAGGCCGAGGGCAAAUCCGCUGUCGGUUUAGAAGUUUCCACUCGCGUUCUUAAAUUCGACAAGCAGGGUUGUCCCGAGUUCAGGGCCGCUUUUACUGCGAUAACUAAAGGCGGUCAUCUCAAAAACAAUAACGUCGCCGGAAUCUUCAAGCCGGUACCCACACAGAACGCGGCGGUUCAUGUUCAUAUCGGUGUCGAAAAUGGGCUCGAUUUAGACACCGCCAAGAAAGCUGUCGCCCUAGGAUGGCUUUUGGAACCAUGUCUCUUUUCUCUUUGCAGCGGGGACAGAGGAAGACUAACACAUGCUCCCAUCCGAAAGUAUUCGGUGUUGGCCAAUAAAAAAAUAGCAAUUGAGGAAUCCGACGCGAAAAAGGAGCUCAACGGAGAUGGAGUCACCCGCGGAGAAAAUGGUAUUGAUAAAAACUUGGACGAUGGCGUACCCAAUGACACCCACAAAGAUAUUCAAGGGGACAGUAACAUCUUCGAGAAAGCCGAGAAUACUCCAAGACGCGAGCAAGACGGUGAGGAUGUUCUCAAUCAGAAGGACGAAUCAAAUGUUACACAUGGCUACUUUAGUAAGGGGGGGAAGUCAAGGGUCACAACUCAAGAGGAAGUCCCUCAGAAGAUUCCGGAGUUAGGCUCAUGCAACCUCCCGAUAGAAUUCUCGACCAUAGAAAGGAAGCGUAUUUCGACUAUACUCGCGGCAAAGGACAUGUAUGAACUUGAAAUAUUGAUAUCCAGUACCCACGCGAUUUCUACGAAUAGGCGGCUCUCCCUAGCCAUUUACAACAGAGAAGACGAUCAUACAACCAUCGAGUUUCGCCAUUUCCAGAGUACGAUGGAUAAUGAACUUGCUUGGAGAUGGGUUCGGAUCACAGCAGCCAUCGUCCAAACAGCAUCAAAACCGAAAUCCGAAUACAGCGAAACACUUCAAUUCAUCGCGAAAGAAUACGACACUAUGAAGCUCAAGUGGACAGAGCACAUAUGGGACCGAACAUUUCGGAGGGAAACAACGGACCCCUGGCUGAACAGCUGGCAGUGGAUGCUAAUACUUCUGGACCUCGAAGACGACAUUCCUUUUUGGCGUGAUCAUCUUUCCCAACUUCCAGAGAGGAACAGAACAACUUAG